GCAUGGCGGAGCUGAGCGGCGGCAGCGAGGCCGUGGCCGUGGAGCUGUGGCCGCCCGGGGAGGCCCCGCCGGCCUUCCAGUACAGCCCCGAGAGCGUGGCCGGAGCGGACGGACAGCUGGACCCCACGGAGGUGACGUUCCCGGGCUGCUCGUGCCGCAGCCGCUCCUGCGCGGCGCCCGCGUGCCCCUGCCUGAGCCGCGGGCACAGCUACAGCAGCCAGGGGCUCCUGCUGGCCCUGCAGCAGCACGAGCAGGAGCAGCCCUUCUCCAGGCCCGUGUUUGAGUGCAACAGCCUGUGCUGCUGCGGGGAGGGCUGCCAGAACCGCCUGGUGCAGCGGGGGCUGCGGCUGCGCCUGCAGGUGUUCCGCACGCAGCGCAAGGGCUGGGGCGUGCGCGCCCUGCAGCCCGUCCCCGCGGGCAGCUUCGUGUGCGAGUACGCCGGGGAGGUGCUGGGCUUUGCCGAGGCUCAGAGGAGAAUCCAGGCGCAGAGCCCACAGGAGCCAAACUACAUCAUUGCAGUGAGGGAGCACCUGCACGACGGGCGCCUCAUGGAGACCUUCGUGGAUCCCACGCGCGUCGGGAACGUGGGCAGGUUCCUGAACCACUCCUGUGAGCCCAACCUCUUCAUGGUGCCCGUCAGGGUUGACUCCAUGGUGCCCAAACUGGCGCUUUUUGCAGCUGCUGAUAUUGCUGCUGGAGAGGAACUCACGUAUGAUUACUCUGGAAGAUUCCGGAACUUCCCAGGGGCCAGCAGAGAACACAAAGCUCCGGAGGAGGAGAACAGCCUGAGGAAACCUUGCUACUGUGGCUCACGCACGUGUGCUUCCUUCUUACCUUGGGACAGCUCCCUCUUCUCCACACCAGCGAGUUCUCCAUAGCCUUUCAGCCUUUAACACACCUAGAAAUUCUGUUUUCUCCAGCAGUUAAAUCAAACUCAUUCUGCUCCAACAAGGAAGCACAUGGCGUUUGAGGAGCAGCAAAGACACAUGGUUUCAAGAACUAAUUUUAUGGAAAAACCUUUUCAAGGUGGAUAGUACAAGGGAUUAUUGGAGCUUUGAGAUGUUCCAAAAUCAGUGAAUAAGCCAAGCCUGGUGGUUUUGUCUGGUUUUCCUCUGACAGCUUGCUGUAUUCUCAGUUUGUACCCUUCAGAAAGAAUUUGUACCUCUGGCACUUGUACACAGACAGGACAUGAUAACAGCAGUUAUCAGAUACACAUCUAUACCUUAAAAGUCUAAGUAUCUAAAGGAGUUACCAUUCCUCAUGAUCAAACAUACAUCCUAAUCCUAAACUAGUGUAAAUGAGAGUAACUACACUGACAUCUCAAAUGUAGCCCACACAAUGUUGUUCAUAACAACCUCUAAUAAGAUUGCUGUCAUAUGAAUUAUUCUUCUGUAAUACACACAAUAACAGGUUUGUCGUAGUUCCAUUUAUAAGGGUAGCCCAUAAAAGGAAAGUCACUGAGAGUGGCUCAAGAAAAUAACAACAUGAACCAUGAUUCUUGCAAGAAAGGCAUUAGGUUCUUAAAAUCCAUUAAAUUAUUGUUUUUAAAUUA